AUGCGUCUGUUUCUGCUGGCGGUGCUCUUCUCGUGCUCCUGCGCGCGGGCCGGCUGCGAGCCGAAGAUCGUGAACAUCGGGGCUGUGCUGAGCCAGAAGAGAUACGAGCAGGUCUUUAAAGAUGCCGUGACCCAGGCCAACCAGGUCUACGGCAGGGAUAAAUUCAAGCUGACCGCUAUCUCCGUGACGCACAAACCCAACGCCAUCCAGAUGGCUCUCUCCGUCUGCGAGGACCUCAUCUCCAGUCAGGUCUAUGCUAUCCUGGUGAGUCACCCUCCCCAGUCCAAUGACCACCUGACUCCGACGCCUGUCUCAUACACUGCAGGCUUCUACCGCAUCCCCGUGGUGGGCCUCACCACCCGCAUGUCCAUCUACUCAGACAAGAGUAUCCACCUGUCCUUUCUGCGGACAGUCCCUCCCUACUCCCACCAGGCGCACGUGUGGUUCGACCUGAUGCGGGAGUUCAACUGGAACCACAUCAUCUUGAUAGUGAGUGACGACCACGAGGGGCGGGCCGCUCAAAAGAGGCUCGAGACCCUCUUGGAGGAGAGAGAAACAAAGGCAGAGAAAGUCCUCCAGUUCAGCCAGGAAACUAACUUAACUGCCCUGCUGCUGGAGGCCAAAGAGCUGGAGGCCCGAGUCAUCAUCCUGUCCGCCAGUGAGGAAGACGCUGCUGCAGUGUACAAGGCUGCCCGCUUCCUCAACAUGACGAGCUCGGGGUACGUGUGGCUGGUGGGCGAGCGGGAGAUGUCGGGUAAAGCCCUGAACGAGGCGCCAGACGGUCUGAUCAGCCUCCAGCUUAUCAACGGGAAGAAUGAGUCAGCCCAUAUCAAUGAUGCGGUGGCUGUGGUGGCGCAGUCCAUCCAGGAGCUCUUUGAGAAGGAGAAUAUCACAGAACCUCCGAGAGGAUGUGUGGGCAACACCAACAUCUGGAAAACAGGGCCACUCUUUAAACGGGUGCUGAUGUCAUCCAAAUACCCAGAGGGUCUCACGGGACGCGUGGAGUUCAAUGACGACGGAGACAGGAAGUACGCCCAUUACAGUAUACUCAACUACCAGAAGGGUCGACUCAUUCAAGUCGGCAUAUACAAUGGAACACAGGUGGUGAUGAACAAUCAGCGGAAGAUCAUCUGGCCCGGAGGAGAGACUGAGAAACCACAGGGCUUCCAGAUGUCCACUCGAUUAAAGAUAGUGACGAUACACCAGGAGCCAUUUGUAUAUGUGAAACCCACUCAACCGGAUGGAACAUGCAAGGAGGAAAUCACAUUAAAUGGAGUCUUAAUUAAAAAGGUUAUCUGCACUGGGCCCAAUGAGACCAUCCCAGGACGCCCAAUUGUGCCCCAAUGUUGUUAUGGAUUCUGUAUCGAUCUCCUCAUCAAGUUGGCCAUGACCAUGAACUUCACCUACGAGGUGCAUCUGGUGGCUGAUGGAAAAUUUGGAACUCAGGAGCGGGUAAACAACAGUAACAAGAAAGAGUGGAAUGGCAUGAUGGGAGAGCUCCUGGGGGGCCUGGCAGACAUGAUUGUAGCCCCGCUGACUAUAAACAACGAACGAGCGCAGUACAUCGAAUUCUCCAAACCCUUUAAAUAUCAAGGUCUCACCAUCCUCGUUAAAAAGGAAAUCCCUCGCAGUACAUUGGACUCGUUCAUGCAGCCGUUCCAAAGCACGCUGUGGCUGCUGGUGGGUCUUUCGGUGCAUGUGGUGGCGGUGAUGCUUUACCUACUAGACCGGUUCAGCCCGUUUGGAAGAUUUAAAGUAAACAGUGAAGAAGAAGAAGAAGAUGCCCUCACCUUAUCAUCUGCUAUGUGGUUCUCCUGGGGAGUGUUGCUGAAUUCUGGAAUCGGUGAAGGUGCCCCGCGCAGCUUCUCAGCGAGAAUCCUGGGUAUGGUGUGGGCCGGAUUUGCCAUGAUCAUUGUGGCUUCUUAUACUGCCAACCUGGCUGCCUUCCUGGUGUUGGACCGGCCUGAGGAGCGCAUCACCGGCAUCAAUGACCCAAGACUGAGAAACCCAUCAGACAAGUUCAUCUACGCCACGGUGAAGCAGAGCUCCGUGGAUAUCUACUUCCGGCGGCAGGUGGAGCUUAGCACCAUGUACCGCCACAUGGAGAAGCACAACUAUGAGAGUGCCGCCGAGGCUAUCCAGGCCGUGCGUGACAACAAGCUGCAUGCUUUCAUCUGGGACUCUGCGGUGCUGGAGUUUGAAGCCUCGCAGAAGUGCGACCUUGUGACCACGGGAGAGCUGUUUUUCCGUUCGGGCUUUGGCAUAGGCAUGCGCAAGGACAGCCCCUGGAAACAGAAUGUGUCCCUGGCCAUUCUCAGUUCUCAUGAGAACGGCUUCAUGGAAGACCUAGAUAAAACCUGGGUGAGAUACCAGGAGUGUGACUCAAGGAGCAAUGCCCCAGCCACACUCACCUUUGAAAACAUGGCAGGAGUCUUCAUGUUGGUGGCAGGAGGAAUAGCGGCAGGGAUCUUCCUAAUCUUCAUUGAAAUCGCAUAUAAGCGCCAUAAAGACGCCCGCAGGAAGCAGAUGCAGCUGGCCUUUGCGGCCGUCAAUGUUUGGAGGAAGAACCUGCAGGAUAGGAAAAGUGGUAGAGCAGAGCCCGACCCCCAAAAGAAAGCCUCUUUUAGGUCCAUCAGUACCACCCUGGCCUCCAGCAUCAAGAGACGUAGGUCCUCCAAAGACACGCAGUACCCACCCACUGACAUCACGGGCCAGCUCAAUUUGUCUGACCCGUCUGUCAGUACUGUGGUGUAAAGAGGGAGACACCGUUCACUCCCCGAGGAGAGAGGAAACGAGACGAGGAAAAGAGGAGAGGCGAGGAGGAGGAAGUGGAGGGGAGAGGGAGAGGGAGGGAGAACCCGUCCCCUCGUUCCCUCCACCGCCGAAGCCGAAGCGUUCAUUUCACCGCCCUCAGACGGAGCUUUUGAGGAAACUGUGUCUGAAAACACUGGACUUGCACCUUUUAUUUAUUUUAUUUUUAAAGCCAGGAUUACCUGGCGUUAGGUGUUUGUAGGGUCCCUGAGCAUGCACAGAAGAACCCAUCUGACUCACAUAUACAAUUUUUUCCUUCUGUAUAUUAUUAGCAAACUUAUUUAACCUUGUUUCUGUCCUUUACUCACAGAAAUUUACUUAAUGUUCGAUGUUAACUACUUUCAACUGACCAGCUGUAUACGUCUAGCGAGCCAGCUUUAGUUUAGUUAAGUUAAUGGAUAAACCAGUUUUAGUACUGUACUCAACAUACCACGUCCAAUUAGGGCUUAGAUACCAUAGUAAUAUUACGUUUUUCAUGUACUGCAAUACGAGACGUACUGUACAGUCAGCUUCAAUGGAUAUCAAGUAUUUUUUUAAUGGGGACCUGUUCUUUUAUCUACACUUUAAAAGGUUUUUAGAAGAUGUUUCUUUGAUUGAGACGCACUAAUAUUGGCACUAAUGACGAGGAUAGGACUAAUCUUGUCUACCAGUGAAGACGAUGGAAGCAUGUGUGUGCUUGUAUAUGAAUAGGGGCUAUAUGCAUCUAAAUGACAUUGAUAACUGUUAUUUUGAAGGCUACUGUAUAUACCAGAUUCUGUAGUUAAAUUGUAUCUUUUCCCCUUUAAUUUUCUACUAAUCUGCCAAAUGCAUGUUUUGUUUUUCUAGCAGUUUCUUAAAGAAAAUCUGUUGAGCUUGACUACUAUGUAUAGCAAGAGUUAAGCAGGUGAAUGUGUGAAAUCACAGAUUGAUCUGCAAUCUGAUGAAACGGUUAAGUAAGGCUGGUGUUUGAGACGCUCAUCUGGGAGCCAUGUUGCUUUUGGGGACGCCCUCUCUCCUCCUUCCUCCUGCCGCAGGAGUGCUUUCUCAUUCUCCAAGGGGUUGCAUCAAAGGGCCAGGUUUUUCACCAAACCGUCACUCAGGCUUUCGUGCAAAACUUCCUCCCCGCGUUAACGCUGGAGAGCUUUUACAUGAACGAACCCGAGUGAAUUUGAAGCGCGGCUUGGUUAGGUGCAACGACAGGCCGUUUCCCAUUAUCUGGAGCUGAGAAACCACUGCUGUUUGUUGAAAAAAAAAAA